AUGAUGUCCGGAUUCGUACAUCGUUUGAGCUGUGGCCUGUUGGACUUCCCAUUACCCAUCCUAGGCAAACGGACUUUCGAACGUAAUCCUGAUAAGAAAAAGGUUAUCAACAGAGCUGACUUGAUUGAACUGAUUUUAGAAGAAAGACAAAAAGAGAAACCAGGAAGGAAAAGAAGAAGCGCUGGAAGAAGGAGGCAUUCGACUGAGAAUUUUUCACGUUCUUCGAAUUCAAUGAAUGAUGAUUUGGUGCAAAAAGAUCCUCUUUCCAACCAGCGGACUCGGGACAGUUUGAGUCCUCGUACUGAAGUCAUGUUUGACGACAGUAAUCUGAGCCAUCCGGGCGUAGGAUAUGAACAAGUAAGGUGA